AUGGAUGCCAUCGACGAGACUGCGAAGGCCAGCUGUCUCGAUUGGUCCAACGAGUUCAAAGAGAAAUGCAGCACGCUCGCUGCGCACAACGACUGGAUUCUUGGUGCAGAGAUCCCCGGGCAAGAUCACGAUGGAUAUGAUACAGAGCCCAAUUUCUUCUAUGAAAUGCAUCAACAUUCUCAGAUUUCCAGGACAAGACUUCAACAACGAGCUGGGCGCGUUGGGCGCCUCAAAAGACUGAGGCUCGCUAUGAUGAGGAGGCUUCAGUCAGGUCCUGCACCUGCACCUGCGCCACCCACCACCUCACCCCCAGUCACGACCACCACCACCUUCAAAACUCACCUACGACGCCUAUUUACCCUACCACUCCAUCAUGCAACGCCACCUGUUGUCGACGUUUCUUUUGCCCAAGGUCGACAGCGUAAUGCUGCAGCGGGUGCUCCUGGGAGUGAGCACUCCUUGAUACGUGAUGAAGACCCUUCACAGGAUCCCAAUACGCAACAGCAACAUCAACCAGUAGCAGCUCAGGUAGACCCCGACGAACAUGGAGGCGGCCUGUCCUGUUGCUGCUGCUAGAAGUAUUGGUGAAUGUCCAUGGGUAUUUUAGUUUUAUCGUUCAUCUUGUCAUGAUAUCCACAUCCACAUUGGCUUGAAGCGGUAGUUUACCGAUAGGCAUCAGCAUCCUUUAGCUCACUUUUGGUCCUCCGAGUCUAUAGCUGAUUGUGAACCUUGAUUC